AUGACGAAGAAGACACAGCGUGGUGCCGGCAGUGGUGGUGGUGGCGGACAGGGGAGGCGGAGGAAGAAGAAGGAGAAGGAGAAGUUGGACUUUGGGGCGUCAGGGUGGCCAGCAUGGUGCCAGCAGCUGCUGAGCGUGCAAGAAAAAGUGGAGUCGGUAGCUGCGUUUCUCAAUCGCCGGCAUAUGGUCUUGGACGCGGACGUGAUUGCCCGCACGGCAGGAUGUGACAAGCACGACAUUGCUCGCAUCGUCGCAAUGUUGCCGGAGCAGCUGGAGCUGCGGUGGAAGACGACCAUUGCUAACAGCGCUGACGACAGCUAUGCGGGCUUCAUGGGACCUCCGACAUCAUCCUCAUCGUCCACUACCCACCCAGCAAGGCCAACACCGCUGCAGCUGGUGCCAAAGAUGAAGCGGCCGUUCACAAAAGGAAGCACCAUGGCCAGGCAGCGUGCCCUUGUCACUGCAAUGCACAAGCACAUUGCGAACCAGCACCAAGAGUUCCUCGACGCUAUCAGUACGCUCGGGGGCAGAGAUGAUGAUGACGCAGCGACACGGGGAGCCCCAUCGGACAGCACCGCUGGUGACCUCACGUCUCCUGCUCAGUUCCACCCCGACUUUGACCUGUCUUCGCUGCCACCACCACUGCCAGCUGUUGUGGAGUCGAUUGAGGAACAGGAGAAACGCGAGGCCGAGGAGAGCAAGACAGCGAGCGUGCAAUACACCAACUACACGGGCGACUACAGGGCUACGCCACCAGCCCAGUUCGAUCCAAAGGAGAUCCUAGACCACUUGCUCCGACUUCCCCUCGCAAAGGGCCAUUCCCUGCACGUUGAGACGCUACCUGCACGUGCACCCGUCUUUGGAGAAUUGGAACGCCCUCUCCCAUCUCCGCUCCAGCACACACUCGCAGACCUCGGCAUUCAGCGCCUCUUCUCCCACCAGGCUGAGGGCGUGAAUGCAGCGCGCGACGGCGCGCACGUGAUGAUCUCAACUGCCACGUCAUCGGGCAAGAGCCUCGUGUAUCACCUCCCGACCAUGGAAGCCCUACUCUCAGACCCGCACAACACCGUCGCCCUGUACAUCUUCCCAACAAAGGCGCUUGCACAGGAUCAGCUGCGAUCACUCCGCGAGUUUGUCGGUGCGGGGUGGCUCGGGGAUGCUGUUCGCGCGGACUGCCUCGACGCUGACACACCAGCACGUGCACGAGAGGACGUCAAGAGUGCAGCCAACAUCAUCCUCACCAACCCUGACCUGUUACAUGCCACGCUUCUCCCGCGCCACCGCGACUGGCACAGGAUCUUUCGGUCGCUGCGUUUUGUGGUGAUUGACGAAGCGCACAUGUACAGGGGCGCCUUUGGGUCCCACGUCUCUCUCGUCAUCCGAAGGCUGCUUCGCAUUUGCCGUCACUACGGCAACACAUCUGUGCAGUUCAUCUGUUCAACAGCGACACUGGCAAACCCCCGCCAGCACUUUGGACAGCUCAUUCCGCUGAUUUAUCCACACCGCUCGCGCGUGUGUGUCGUCGACAACGACGGCAGCCCGUCAGGCAGUCGCGUGUUUGUGCUCUGGAACCCGGUGCGCAAUGACAACAGCACCGUGGAUGGGAGUGCUGAUGUCUUUCAUCCGCCAGAAAUUGCAACAGCAGCUGCAUCAGCAACAGCAGAAACAACAACUUCAACACACACGGCACAUGGUGCUCACGCAGCAGUUCCAUGUACUGAUGUACAGCGCCCUGUACCACUGCACCCGCCCAUUCUACCGUCACCACCACCUUCAUCAUCAUCAUCAUCAACAACAGCAUCAUCAUCAUCAUCAUCAAAAUCAUCCUCAUCAUCAACGACAGCAUCAAAACCACCAUCGUCACUGUUUCGGGCUGGCCAGGCGCCGCCAAGUCCCAAACGCGCGCAUGUGUCGACGCCUUCAACAAGAACACGAGCGGCACCAGCAACAGCGCAAAGCGAUUCUGUUCCACCCCUGUCAUCACCACCUGCAUCAUCAUCGUCGGUGCUGUUACCACCACCGCACACCACCUCGCACGCACGCGUACCUACCGCCGGUGACAGCGAGCGACACAUCAGCAGCGCCAUUCUGCAGGCAGCGCUGAUCCUCUCAGCUCUCGUCAAGCAACACGUGCGCACACUCGCCUUUGCAAAGGUGCGAAAAGUAACUGAGCUUGUGCUCAAGUACACGCGUCACGACCUCAAACACACGGCACCACAACUCGUCGCCCGCGUGAAAUCAUACAGGGCCGGGUACACCAAGGAGGAACGCCGAGCGAUUGAGCGGGCGCUGUUUGCUGGGAAGAUCCUCGGCACAACAGCAACAAACGCGCUUGAACUUGGUGUUGACAUCGGCAGCCUUGAUGCAACCAUUCUCCUCGGAUUCCCAGGUUCGAUUGCGUCAAUGUGGCAGCAGGCCGGUCGGUCUGGUCGCGGGACACACGAUGCGCUGACCAUCCUCAUCCUCUUCAACUCCCCGCUCGAUCAGUACUACCACCGACACCCGACACAGCUCUUCGCUCGCAAGUACGAGGCUGCGGUGUGCGAUCCGCGAAAUCCGUAUGUGUUGCGCGAACACCUGGUCUGUGCAGCAGCAGAGCUGCCACUGGCACUGCUGCCAACACACAUUGACACAACCACGCGUCUACUGGGCGCCGAUGUUGUCGGCGAGGAGGCCAAUUUCAUGGAUCGAUGCACACUCGAUGAAUACACACGCGCUUUCCCCGCAAUGGAGGACCUGCUGCUGUUUGGCGGCACGGCACCAGCCCUCGUCCACACACUCGAGGACAGCGACAUUGUGCUGCAGACGCGCGAAGGAUUCACCAUUCGCGCAAUGGACGCCCGCCCGUCCCUCACCGUUAGCUUGCGCUCUGUCGAUCAGGAGGCGUUUGCUGUGUAUGAGAUUCCAGGCAUGAAGAAGAUUGAUGAGGUUGGCCCGCGUCACGCCAUCUUUGAGCUGUAUGAAGGCGCCAUAUUCUUGCAUCAGGGUCACACAUUCCUCAUCACGCACUACGACCGUGACGAGCUUGUUGCCCAUGCAAAACCUGUCAAGGUCGACUACUUCACGCGCCAGCGCGACUUUUCAAACAUUGACGUCAUCAACGUGCUCAAACGCGAUCCAGAGCGAAACGCAUUCUGGGGCUCCGUCCAGGUGUCGGUGUCGGUGUACGGCUACCACAAGAUUCGGGAGCGCACGCUUGAGUUCUUUGAAACCGUGCCGCUAGUGCUGGACCCGUGGGAGUACAAGUCGCGUGGCUGCUGGAUUGACAUUCAUCCCAGCGUCAAGUAUCGCCUGCUGGCUGAGGGCCUUGAUGUGACAGCGAGCAUUCACGCCGCAAACCACGUCAUCAAGAACAGCGUGCCCGUGUAUGUCCUGUGUGAUCUUGGUGACAUCGACUGCGAGCACUCCAGUCCACUCCAACUGCGGGCGCGACCACUGCGCCUGGUGCUGUACGACACGAAACCGGGCGGGAUUGGCGUCUGCUUUGCAGCUUACGAGAUGGUGCACCAGAUUGCGCAAACCGCGCUUGAAUUGGUGCGAGACUGUCCAUGUUCAUCCGGCUGCCCAGGCUGCAUCCACGACUUUGCCUGCUCAGAGUACAACCAGUGUACGAGCAAGGCUGGCGCACAUAUUGUCCUGGAGGAUAUUUGCCUUCAAAUGGCAAAACAAAAGUGUCAACAACAACAACAACAACAACAGCCAGCAAGCAGCGCAGGCAAAGAGGAUCGAGGAGGCACGACGAUGCAAAGAGGAAGCGCACACGAUUAA